AUGUUGGGACUGCUUGUUGUACUUCUACUCUCAGCUGCUGCUGAGAGCGCUUCCAUUGAGUCCAGGAACCUUAUACAGUUCAGUGACAUGAUUUCAUGCGUCAACCCAGGCUACAGUCCACUUCUCAGAUUCAACAACUACGGAUGCUACUGUGGACCCGGUGGGUCUGGGACACCAGUGGAUGAACUAGACAGGUGCUGUCAGACCCAUGAUUACUGUUACGAGAAAGCUGAGAAUGAACUUAAGUGUAAUCUUGUAAAGGCACCCAAAAUGAUAGCCUACCAAUACACCUGCUCAAAAACGGGAACUAUUGAAUGCAGCACUGGAAAUGGCAAAUGUCAGAAGUUUGUCUGUGAAUGUGAUCGCAAUGCAGCCAUUUGCUUCUCUAAAGCGAAAUACAAUCCUGAGAAUAAAGGCAUCAAUAAAUCUCGCUGCAAGUAG